UUAAUCUUUAAACCACAGUCGCUCUUGGCCAUAGCCAUAGCCAUAGCCAUAGCCAUAGCCGUUCUAAGCUUCAUUCCUGCCUUGCUGCGUUCAUAUACAGAGUUUUGCAGUAAUUGGGGUUUAGUUAAGGUCGUUACGGCCUUAUUGUUUAAAGAUUGUUCGAUGGAUUUCGACGAGUAUGAUUAUUUAGAGAAAACAGUUGAAAAUCCAGAAGCACCAAAAGAGGAGAAGAUUGCAAAUGGAAGCGAAGAGAAUGUUAAAUCCGGAGAGAAGGACCGUAGCAGGAGCUCCAAGCGUAGGAGUAAUGAGAACGAGGAUGAAUUAGAUAGCCGCUCCAAGCGAGCAAGAUCUGGAGAUGACUCUCGUGAUCGUGAUCGGCACAGAGAGAGGAGCGCGUCGCAUUACCGUUCGUCUCCUGAUCACAAGUCCAAGAAUGCUGAGAGGGGUGAUAGGGACAGGCACCGGAAGGAACACAGAGAUAGGGAUAGGCAGAGGGAGGAAAGGAACGGGAAGGACAGGGACCGCGAUAGAGAUAGAGAGAGGGAGCGAGACCGUGAAAGGAUAAGAGAGCGUGACCGCGAGAGUGAAAGAGACAGGGAGACAGAACGGGAGCGUUCACGCCGUAGCAGGAGCCGCUCUGAGAGGCACCGCAGUGACCGUGAUAGGGAUGCUGAACCUGAGAGAGUCAGGGAGAGGAGCAGAGACGUGGAGUACAUGGAAAGAGAAAGGGAAAGGGAAAGGGAAAGGGAGUUACGAGACAGGGAUCGAGAUGGCAGAUACGCUAGGGCAAUCUUCAGAUGGUCAUUCUGGCAACUGAGCCAGGCUCAGAAACUCAGAAAUGCUGGUGGGGGAGUAAUGGGUUCUCUGCUUAACAGAAGCACUUCAUCUUCUGAUGCCUACGAUAUAAAGAAAAAAAGGAGGAAGUGGAGCCUGAGGCUGAUCCAGAACGAGAUCAGAGGACUGUAUUUGCUUAUCAGAUUUCUUUGAAGGCGGAUGAAAAAGAUGUCUAUGAAUUCUUUUCAAGAGCUGGCAAGGUGCGAGAUGUGCGGCUCAUAAUGGAUCGCAAUUCAAGACGUUCCAAGGGAGUAGGGUA